AGCCGGAAUGAAGUUCCUACUAGCAAUUAAGCUGAUCCUGCAUGAUCUCCUCGGAUUAAACUUCGUGCGACUUGUAGUGAUGGACCGAGCAAGGUUAUCAUAGGAUGCUUCAUACAUGAUGGGCCUGAUAGUUCUCGAGAGUACUGUUUUUGGCGGAGGUCGGAAUACCCCUUCCAUGUAAUUUAGCUUCUCUAGUCGUUCAUGUCGUCCAUCGAAGCGCUCCGUAGACCACGGCAUGUAUAUCCAUCUCAAUUGAUCCUCAUCUUAUAUUUUAUACCCUCAUCCUCCAUCCCUUCACGCUCCUUACAUUCCCCACCAUGGAAGAUACUCUCGCCGUCCUAGCUUCACAUUUCAUUGGAGUCAUCAUCUCUAGCAUGUUCUAUGGUUUUACUCUCGCCCAGACCUGGCGGUAUUUCCGAACUUAUCCAAAAGACAGAUGGUGUAUGAAGGCCUUGGUAGCCUUUCUGUGGACGUUAGAUACAGCACAGCUCGCCCUUGUCGCCGCAUCGAUAUAUCACUAUACCAUAGUGUGGCAGGGUGACAUUACAAUGUCAUCACAUGUAUCAAAAACAUUUGAGGCAUCAAUGGGCAUUACUUCAAUAAUAGCUUUUCUGGUGCAAUUGACAUAUGCUCACCGUAUAUGGCGACUUAGCUUUGGAAACAUUAUAGUCACAUUUUUCAUAGUCCUUUUGGCAUUGGCCGCGCUAGGAUCUGGCGGAGCAAUGGUUGUCAAAACUGUCCGUGAUCCCCUGUGGGAUAGCACUCACGUCAGCAACCUGCCCGCUUCUAGUUUUUACUUAUCUUCGAUGGCAUGUGACUUCCUAAUUGCCGCUACGCAAGUGUACUUUUUUCACAAGUCCCGGACCGGGAUAGGAAGACUCGGUGGUCUCAUCACUAGAUUGACCGUGCUUGUUGUCAAUGUGGGCUUGAUAACUACUGUAGAUGUCACACUCUUUCUCAUACUGUUUCUCGUCUGCCCCCACAAUGGCGCCUUUCUUGUGCCAUACAUCCUCAUGAGCCACUGUUAUCUAAAUAGUUUUCUCAGUGUUCUUAACUCUCGUCUUGAGCUACGGGAGCUGGUCGAUAACGACGACGUAGGUGAUCCCGAUAUUCUCUGGUGCUGACUGUACCUGACACGACGCCAUCCCAGUACGCUUGUCCCAGCAUCUACACCAUUGCUUCAGAACUGGCAUGAUGCAAACAUCAGGUCCCUCUAGCAUACUUCCCGCGCCGCAUUGUGUGAUACCCACUGAGGCAGAUUUUGAAACUAGCUACAUUGCAUUGUACAUUAUUUCACCCCAGCACAAGAUAGAUAGAUCAUACGCAUCAUUUCACCGGCAGUUGAACUGCC